UGAAAUAACUGUCGCGAAUUCGGGAUUUGUUUUUAUUUCUUAAAAAGAGGAUAAAGCGAUAGUUUCGUACCAACUACGUAUAUUGUGUAACUGUAAAAAGCUUCGUCAAGUGACCACGCAGUCAUUAUUUUAAAAUAUCUACAACAGCACAAUGCCUGAUAAGAAGCAGAUUCUCAGCUUUGCAGUGAUUGGGAUUGCUGGAUUGACCGUGCUGUUCUGUAUCUUGGCUCUGGCACUCCCUGACUGGUUUGAUGGGAAUGGCAGCAAAAGUGGUCUAUGGAAGACAUGCUUCUUGUCCAUUUGUUUUUCUUUUAAGGAUAUAACAGUGCCGGAUUGGAUGGAAGCUAUUCGAGCCUUUGCUUUUUUGGGCCUGUUCGCCAUGGUUGGGGCGACUGUGACUUUUGUUCUGAACACGUUUAUUAUGAAGGACAAGCCCAUUCUAUUGUACCUUACGAUCGGCUUUUCGGCGGCAACCGGUUGUUUUAUGAUCAUUGCUUUCGCCAUCUAUGCUGACAAAUCCGGCAUAUCCGAGUACGGAGCAUCCAAAUACGGAGCAGGGUUUGCUCUCUGCAUCAUCGCCUGGCCUCUCGCUUGGACUGUUUCUGGACUGUGUGUUGUUAUCAUGCUAAUGAACAGAUCUGUAGCAAAAAUUUGAGAACAUAGCAAUUAGAGUUUUAUAGAUGUUCCAUUACAAAUAAGUACGAAAGGAAACAUUUAUUGAUGUAUACAUAUCGCGAAUACUAGUACGUUAUUGUUUGGACAUCUUAGAACACGCAAAAGCUUCACAAUUUUAUAUUUUCUGCAUCUGUUCAUAUAUUUUAGGACAAGAAUUUAUGAAUAUCACAAUUUUGUAUCUACAUCACAUGCACGCAUUUGUAUUAUUGUCAAGUUGGU